GUUAGCAUGUGCAAAGAAAAUGGUUCAUAUUGUCCUUUUGUUCUGCUUGGGGUUGUGGCAAGUAAAUGGUGUGUUUGGUGAUACAGUUAAAGUGAAGUCAGUGUCAGUGCUGGAGGGAGAUUCAGUCACUCUAGACUCUGGUUUUUCUGAAAUGAUGGAUGAACAUGUGAUUCGGUGGAGGUUUGGAUCUGAAAACACUUUAAUAGCUGAAAUCAGUGUAAUGGACGACAGAAUCACUGUAUAUGAUGAUGUUCUUGAUGAGAGAUUCAGAGACAGACUGAAGCUGGAUCAUCAAACUGGAUCUCUGACCAUCACAAACACCAGAACUGAACACACUGGACUCUAUCAACUUCAGACCAGCAGUGUGAGCAAGAACUUCACUCUCACUGUCUAUGCUUCUUUACCUACCCCUAACAUCACCAGAAAUUGUUCAUCAUCAUCAUCAUCAUCUUCAUCACAGCAGAAUUGUUCAUUGUUGUGUUCAGUGGUGAAUGUGGGUCAUGUGACUCUCUCCUGGUACAAAGGAAACAGUUUAUUGUCCAGCAUCAGUGUGUCUGAUCUCAGCAUCAGUCUCUCUCUACCUCUGGAGGUGGAAUAUCAGGAAAAAAACAGCUACAGCUGUGUGAUCAACAAUCCCAUCACAAACCAGACCACACAUCUCAACAUCACACAACUCUGUCACACAUGUUCAGAAGUCUGUGUCCAGUGUUGUGAUACAGUUGAAGCUGUGAUCCGACUGGUCGUCACUGCUUUGAUGGGCGUGGCUGCUGUGGCUGCUGUUGUUGUUUUGGUCAAUGACAUCAGAUCUUACAAAAACUAUUAA